UCACUGGAGUUCAUUACUGAUAAGAAAGUGAACAAGCAGAGAAAGCUAAUCUAUAAGAGCACACAAAACAGAAAGAUGUUACUGUGUGCACCAAUUUCUAAAAGAAUUGGACGAGUUGGAAAAACAUUUCUCAUUUCAUUCGGGCAACACUUGAAAAGAAAAAGGAUAUAUAUUUAUACUCUUUGUGAAGAUAUAUAAGAAAUAUACAAGCUUUGAGAAGACUCCUAUCAGUAAAAUUAUCAACGCAAUUAUUUUUCUCCCUACCUGUGUUGUUUGAUUUGUUUUUAAUAUCCGUAUUCGGAACCAAGUGUAAUACAGGAGGAGACUGUGAUUUUCCCCCAGGACAAAGCAUUCCUUUGGGUGAGUACAGAAAUAGAAAUAUCUGUAACAAGUUGGGCACACUACAAAGAGGUGAAUACUCUGGCAAAGCUUUUGGAAUAACCUGUAUUUCUGUGAUAGAAUGAUUUGUACGAAACGGCUCUUUUUAAUAUUUUUUGCACUGGGAAUAGUUAUACUGCUGAACACCUUUCUCAGCCAAUCUCAGGUUAAAAGAUCACUGGUAUUUUCCCAGCAAAUAUCUCUAUUGGAAGAAACCUGUCAGGCAUUGAUCAGAACCAAAAAAUCUUUCUUUUGGAAUCCUUUAGCUGAAACAUACUCUGACAGCAGUUAUUGCAAGGACUAUUUAAUAAGAAAUAAAUACAUUACAAAACCUCUCUCAGAAGAAGAGGCUGCUUUUCCGUUAGCCUAUAUAAUAACAGUGCACAAGGAAUUUGAUACAUUCGAGAGACUGUUCAGAGCUGUCUACAUGCCCCAAAAUAUAUACUGUAUCCAUGUUGACGAGAAGGCGACUGCUGAUUUCAUGCAGGCUGUGGACAGUUUAGUACAAUGUUUCCCCAACGCGUUUCUUGCUUCAAGAAUGGAACCGGUGGUGUAUGGUGGAAUAUCCAGACUACAGGCUGAUCUGAAUUGCAUGAAAGAUCUUGUGGCAUCAGAUGUGCAGUGGAAAUAUGUCAUCAAUUUGUGCGGGCAAGAUUUCCCUUUAAAGACAAACAAGGAAAUAAUACAUCAUAUUAAACCAUUUAAAGGGAAAAAUAUAACCCCCGGGGUAUUACCACCUGCCCAUGCAAUACCAAGGACCAGAUAUGUUCAUCGGGAGGAUAUAGUCAAUUCACGGGUAAUAAGAACAAAUGUCGUAAAGCCUCCCCCUCCUCACAAUAUUACAAUUUACUUUGGUUCUGCCUAUGUUGCGCUCACAAGGGAAUUUGUACAGUUUAUUCUAGAAGAUCAGAGAGCCAUUGACCUGUUACUGUGGUCCAAGGACACUUACAGCCCUGAUGAGCAUUACUGGGUGACACUGAACAGAAUUCCAGAUUUUCCAGGUUCUGUGCCAAAUGCAAAAUGGGAAGGUGACCUUAAGGCAAUAAAAUGGAGCGAUGACAAGACUCACGAUGGUUGCCACGGUCAUUAUGUUAGAGGAGUUUGCAUUUACGGAACCGGGGACUUACAGUGGCUUCUGAACUCAUCAUCCAUGUUUGCCAAUAAAUUUGAGUUGGCGACGUACCCUCCUACAAUUGAAUGCUUAGAGCUGAAUUUACGAAAGAGGGCCAUGAAUUGUGCAGAAAUAUCUUUGCAGCCUCACUGGACUUUUUAACAAAUAUCCAAGGGACAUUAUAAAUGCCUACUUGGCAAACACAUUUGCUGCUGCAGUAAAAAUCUUGGUAGCAAAUAAUUUACCAUGAAACAGGACUAUUGUCAAUACAAAUUCUAUGCAAAAUGUUUACUUUCUGAAUAAACGUGUUUUCUCUGUAAUCAGUUCUGUCAACUAUCUCAAGUUUCUAUGGAGAAGGUAUUACUGGUGUCUUUAUGGG